AUGUAUCCCAAUAUGCAACUGUGGCGUUUUAUUUUGGCCUUUCUGAUAGGCAAUGUUGUCUGCCAAGACGUCGGUUUCUCCUUUGGUGAGGCCAUCGACAGUGCUUCUGCCACUGACACUUCGUUCCACACGGCCGGCUCCAUCAGUGUCAAUGGCUUCACCACCACCGUUCCCAAGAACUUGCAAGUCACCGGCAACUUCUUCAACUGCUGUGCCCCCAUCGCAGCCCAGGUGGACAUUGCCCAGUUUGCCACCCAAAGCAGUGUGGGAUUCAUCAGCAAAGUGAAUUAUGACAGCAAUAUGGAGAUAGCCAACGGCCCACUCAUCCGCAUUAAUGACCCCAACGCCGUCUACUCGGCUGGCUACGCAGGCUCACCCUUCUUGAAGGCCGACGACGAAAACCCCAGUAUCUCAUCCUUUUCCGGAUUUAGCAUGUGUGUGCCACGCAUGGCUAAGGAUCCUCUAUGCCCUGAUUGUAACCGACCCAAUAUUGGAACCACUAGGAAAAAGCAAGGGACGCUCUGA